UUGCGUUUAUCAUCCAUUUUUUGUAAUCGCUGAAGUUCAGUUGCGCUUCAGCCAGUCAACUGAGAUGAGUACGACAAGAUUUUCGGGAAUCAAAUUGGGACCUCCAAUCGAGGUUUUCGCGCUAACGAAAGCUUUUAACGAGGAUACUUACAAAAAAAAAGUUAAUUUGGCUAUAGGAGCUUAUCGUACAACCGAAGGAAAACCAUGGGUUCUACCUGUCGUAAAAAAAGUAGAAAAACAACUUGCGGCAGACGAAUUGCAAAAUCACGAGUAUCUUCCGAUAUUAGGUUUAGAUAGUUUCUGUCAAGCUGCAACAAAAAUGUUAUUAGGUCCUAACUCUUCGGCUAUUGCUCAAGGACGUGCUUUUGGUAUUCAAACGCUUUCCGGUACUGGUGCGUUAAGAGUCGCUGCUGAGUGUUUAAGUCGUAUCUUAAAUUAUGAUACAUUUUAUUAUAGCAAGCCUACCUGGGAAAACCAUAAACUUGUAUUUUUGAAUGGUGGGUUUAAGAAUGCUUGCGAAUAUACAUAUUGGGAUUAUGAAAAUCGAAGAAUCGAUCUAGAUGGAAUGCUUAAGGAUAUAAAAAAUGCUCCAGAAAAUUCAGUAAUUAUUCUUCAUGCAUGCGCGCACAAUCCUACCGGUUGCGAUCCUACGCCAGAACAAUGGCAAAAGAUUGCAGAUGUCAUUGAAGAAAAUCGAUUGUUCACGAUAUUUGAUAGCGCGUAUCAAGGGUUUGCAACUGGUGAUUUAGACAAAGAUGCAUUUGCUGUACGCAUGUUCGCUGAACGCGGAAUGGAAUUUAUUUGUGCUCAAAGUUUUGCCAAAAAUUUCGGUCUUUACAAUGAAAGAGCUGGUAAUAUGGUCAUAGUAAUGUCUGAUAUAAAAGAAGCAAUUGAAUUUAAAUCUCAAGUGACAUUAAUUAUACGAGCAAUGUAUAGUAAUCCCCCCAACCAUGGAGCUCGUAUAAUAUCAACCGUGCUUAACAAUCCUGAUCUUUGCGAAGAAUGGAAAGAACAUAUCCGAACUAUGUCUGGAAGAAUACAACAGAUGCGAGAAGGAUUAUAUCAAAGAUUACUCAAGUUGGGAACUCCUGGCACAUGGGAACAUAUAACUACCCAAAUAGGAAUGUUUUCAUAUACAGGUCUUAGUGAGAGACAAGUCAAGCAUUUAUUGGAUCAGUUUCAUAUUUAUCUACUACGCAGUGGACGUAUAAAUAUUUGUGGACUGACAGAGUAUAAUCUGGAUUAUGUAGCAGAAGCUAUUCAUGAAGCAGUAACGCUAUUUCCUCAGACAAAAAGAAAUUGCACUUGUUGAUGCGUAUUUUCAGACUUGACAUCAUAGUAUAAUAAAUACAAAUAUCAUAACUACAAUAUCAUAUAAACUAUUCAUAUUGGUAAUGAUGUUGAAAUAUUAUAAUAUUUGGUAUUCUAUGAAGUCAAGCUAAAUUUUUUUUUGAUAAUAGUAACUUCAGUGAAAUCUUUGCAUUAUCUUGUGUUACUGUUCAGUUUCAGAAUUUUAGAAAUAAGAUCUUAUGUUCACAUCUUACUUUAAAACAUAAGAUUUACAUACAUUAUUAUUUUAUGUUGAAAAGUACAAAAGUUAUUGUUGAUAACAAACGCCGAUUGAUGUAAACGUAAAAAGUAUUUCUACAGAGUAUAAAUGAUACGGAUAGCUUUAAUAUACCUAUAAAUAAAAUAAAUUACAAAAUAGUCUUUGUAAUAUAACGUGAAAACGGAUAAUGUAAUUAGGAAAAAAAAAAUUGCUCUGUGUGGCAAAAAAACAAAGGUUGAUGUAUGAACAUAAGGUCUAUAUUUAAUGAAAUUUAAUAAUUACAUAACAGACAUUACGAUGGUGGUCCAACAAAAGAACAGUACAAAGUUAAUGCAUAAUUAAAUAUUGAACUUUCAUACAAAUUAUGUCCAAGUUUUUGUUAUCAUAGCAUCACUUUAAUACAAAAUUCGACAUUUUAAAGAAA